UUCCCGUGGAAAAAUCGAACCUUUUCUCCGCAAGAGAGAGAAACAUAUGUGAACCACCCACUUUGAAAAUCUUCAGAGGAUGAUGAGCUCAUCAGCAACCUUAAGUUCUUCAUUUUCUUCGACCUUAGCUUUAUCUUCACCAAAAUUCAGAUCCAAAUUUCCCUCCUUUUCGCAACGGUGGUCUCUCUUAACGGUCGAAUCACGCGCCAAACCAUUCAAAGUCGCUGCUUGUUCUUCCACGACCAUCCACAACAUUUCAGGAGAAAGUUGCCAUUAUAGUUUCAGUAGGAGGAGAGGGUUGGCUUUCACUGCAACACUGCCGUUUCUUCUUCCUCUGCAUGAAUUUGUAGACUGUGUUGGCGCUAAGGCAGUUGAGUCAGGUCAAAGCGAGUAUCUGCGUAUAAAGGAAGAGAUAAGUAAAGUAGUAACUAAGGGAAAGGCUGCCGGUGUUCUUCGUUUAGUAUUCCAUGAUGCUGGAACCUUUGAAAUGAAUGAAAAUACAGGUGGUAUGAACGGUUCUGUAGUUUAUGAACUCGAAAGGCCCGAGAAUGCAGGUCUCAAGAAGUCUGUGAAGGUUCUAGAGAAAGCCAAGAAAGAGAUCGAUUCGAUACGAUCAGUAUCAUGGGCAGACAUGAUUGCUGUCGGUGGAGCUGAAGCCGUUUCGGUUUGUGGAGGUCCGAAAAUUCCGGUUACAUUAGGCCGACUAGAUUCCGGUGAGCCAGAUCCUGAAGGGAAGCUUCCCCAAGAAUCUCUGGAUGCCGCUGGCUUGAAGCAGUGUUUUCGGCAAAAAGGCUUCUCGACACAAGAACUAGUUGCUCUAUCUGGUGCUCACACCAUUGGCGGUAAAGGUUUUGGAAGUCCGGUUGCUUUCGAUAACUCCUACUUCAAAAUUCUUCUGGAGAAGCCAUGGAAUUCUUCAGCUGGUAUGUCAACCAUGAUUGGCCUUCCUUCAGACCAUGCCAUUGUAGAGGAUGAUGAAUGCUUAAGGUGGAUCGCAAAAUACGCAAAAAAUCAGGACAUGUUCUUUGAAGAUUUUAAGAAUUCUUAUAUCAAACUAGUGAAUUGUGGAGCAAGGUGGAAGAGCAUGUAACUGUUUCGGAAGAGCAACAUUCUAUUAGUGUUUUGUCUCUUUGAUUGGAUGAGCAUGUAAUCAUUUUUUUUUCUUUCAGAUUUCAAGUUCGAGAC